CCCGGGCCGGCCGCCGCCGCUACGCGAGGCCGGGGAUCGGCGGCGCGCGUAGGCCGCGGCACCCAGGGGCGGCGGGGAGCGGCGCCGGCCGCCUCUCGGCCCCGCGCCGGCCCGCAGCAGCCCGGUCAGCAAGGAGGACGGAGCCUGCCUGGAGCCGCGCCUGGACCCUGCUGAGGCGCCGAGAGGAGCCGUGCCGAGGAGCUCUGGAGCUCUGUGCGGCUUAGCUCCUGGCCUGGGCCGCCCCGCCUGCCUGCCUCGGUGCCUGGUCCCAGCUCCCGGCCCGGCCCCUCCCCCAGCCCCGGGCAGCGCCCCCCUCUCUCUCUUGGUUGGGCCACCUAAAGCGGGAAACUGAAGCCGUUACUCUCCAAACCCUGCUUCAUCUUCCCCAGCAUGUCGGAGAGCUGGCAGCAGCCCCCGCAGACGCAGCCGCAGCAGCCGCAGCCCCCGCAGCCGCAGCACCAUGCGGAGCCGCCCCCCGCCCUGGGCGAGCACGCGCUGCCCCCGGGCUCGGCCGAGAACCCGCUGGGCUGCGCCGUCUACGGCAUCCUCCUGCAGCCCGACGGGGGCCUGCAGCCGCCCCAGCACCCGCCCCUGCAGGCUGCGGGGGAGCCGGCCUCCAAGUGCGGGGUGUGCGGCCACGACCUGGCGCACCUGUCCAGCCCCCACGAGCACCAGUGCCUGGCGGGCCACGACCGCUCGUUCCAGUGCACGCAGUGCCUCAAGAUCUUCCACCAGGCCACUGACCUGCUGGAGCACCAGUGCGUGCAGGCCGAGCAGAAGCCCUUCGUCUGCGGCGUGUGCAAGAUGGGCUUCUCGCUGCUCACCUCGCUGGCGCAGCACCACAGCGCGCACACGGGUGGCGCGGGCGGCCUGGUGAAGUGCUCCAUCUGCGAGAAGACCUACAAGCCCUCGGAGGCCCCCGACGCGGGCCCCACCGGCACCCCGGCCCUGCCCCCCGCCGCGCCGCGCGCGGUGGCCCCCGCCGAGCACGUGGAGAAGCCCUACAGCUGCCCCAUCUGCCAGAAGCCCUUCAAGCACCUGUCGGAGCUGUCGCGGCACGAGCGCAUCCACACGGGCGAGAAGCCCUACAAGUGCACGCUGUGCGACAAGAGCUUCAGCCAGUCCUCCCACCUGGUGCACCACAAGCGCACGCACAGCUCCGAGCGGCCCUACAAGUGCGCCGUGUGCGAGAAGACCUUCAAGCACCGCUCGCACCUGGUGCGCCACAUGUACGCGCACUCGGGCGAGCACCACCUGUUCCGCUGCAACGUGUGCGAGCUGCACUUCAAGGAGUCGUCGGAGCUGCUGCAGCACCCGUGCACGCCCAGCGGCGAGCGGCCCUUCCGCUGCGGCGAGUGCCAGAAGGCCUUCAAGCGGCCCUCGGACCUGCGGCAGCACGAGCGCACGCACAGCGCCGAGCGGCCCUUCAAGUGCGACCUGUGCCCCAUGGGCUUCAAGCAGCAGUACGCGCUCAUGCGGCACCGGCGCACGCACAAGGCCGAGGAGCCCUUCAAGUGCGGCCUGUGCGAGAAGGGCUUCGGGCAGCCCAGCCACCUGCUCUACCACCAGCACGUGCACUCGCUCGAGACCCUCUUCAAGUGCCCCGUGUGCCAGAAGGGCUUCGACCAGUCGGCCGAGCUGCUGCGGCACAAGUGCCUGCCCGGCACCACGGAGCGGCCCUUCAAGUGCCCGGUGUGCAGCAAGGCCUACAAGCGGGCGGGGGCGCUGCAGAAGCACCAGCUGGCGCACUGCGCGGCCGCCGAGAAGCCCCUGCGCUGCACGCUGUGCGAGCGCCGCUUCUUCUCCUCGUCCGAGUUCGUGCAGCACCGCUGCGACCCGGCGCGCGAGAAGCCGCUCAAGUGCCCGGACUGCGAGAAGCGCUUCAAGUACGCGUCCGACCUGCAGCGGCACCGGCGCGUGCACACGGGCGAGAAGCCCUACAAGUGCCCCAGCUGCGACAAGGCCUUCAAGCAGCGCGAGCACCUCAACAAGCACCAGGGCGUGCACGCGCGCGAGCAGCAGUUCAAGUGCGUGUGGUGCGGCGAGCGCUUCCUGGACGUGGCGCUGCUGCAGGAGCACAGCGCGCAGCACAGCGCCGCCGCCGCGGCCGCCGCGGCCGAGGGCGCCUACCAGGUGGCCGCCUGCCUGCCCUGAGCGCCCCUGCCGCCCCCGCCGCCCCCAGCGGCCCCCCCGGCCGCCCGGAUGCCGGGCACUGAGCGCCCCACGCCCCACGCAACCAGCUCUUUUGUGUUGAGGGCCCCAGGGAGAAGAAAAUGGGCAGGUGGGGGUGGGGGAGCCGGAGCGGGAGGUGGGGGUGGGGGAAGGUGGCUGGAGCUCGGCCUGCUCGGGAGCCUCUUGGCUACACAGGAUUCAUGUGUGUCGCUCCCAACCUCCCCCUCCCCGCCGGCACAACCAGGCUGUAAGGCCAAUGGCCUCCUGACCCCAGUGGACGCGGGCGGCCUCCCCUCCCCCCCACCCCUUUCAGCCUUUCAGCCAGGAGGGUGAGGGUACAGUAGUGUGAUGGGCUCGCCAGGGCGGGGGGCUUGCGGGAGGAAGACCAGGCUGGGUGCCCUCUGUCCACCCCAGCGAGUGUGGGGAUGUGCUCCCCAGGCUCAGGCAGGAUAGAGCACUUCUGUGAGCUCAGCCACCCAGGGAAUGGGGACCCAGCCAGAGGCGGGAGGCAGGGAAGCUCAGAUACCAGCUGGACAGUGAGUCCCCAAGAAGGGAGGCAGGGCAGCCCCGCCUCUCACCUGGGCAGCCUGGUCCCAGGCUACUGGGGGACCGCUCUCCCCCAGACGAGGAGGGAUCAUGAAGGGCCCUGGUGCCUGGAGGAAGCAGGGCCAAGCCCAUGCUCUUCCCUUCCCAGUGGAGGUGGAGUGGUGCGGCGUGUGGACUCAGGUUGUUUAGGGCAUGCCUCGUCCUGCUCCCGGACCUAGACUGGGCCUGGGGACCCAAGGUCAGAGGGGCCGGGACUAUGGGCAUAGCCCCUGAGGGCACGGUGCCCUCCCAGCCUCUGGGAAGCCUCUGCCAUCAGUCUGGCGGCUGACCGUGACCCCACGGUCUGGCAUGUCCCAGAUCCCCUCCAUGCCACCCUGCUAAUUCCAGGAGCUGAGCUUUCUCCCUGGGUUCUCCCAGGGGCCUCAGCCAGAACAGGAAGAGGGUCGCCCAGGAAACAGAAGGUGGGUGGCGUCAUCUGAGAUGGCAGGAGGCAGAGGACCCCUUAAUAAAAAUGAUGAUUUUGAGCCCAGCUCUGCUCCUGCCUCUGGCAGGUCCCGCUGCAGAUAUUGGGUCCCGAAAGAAGACUUUGAUCAGUGCUUGCACCAAGGGGCAGGGACACCCGUCUCUACCCGGUUCUCUUUCUCUCUCUUCCUCUCCUCUGUCCUCUCUCUCUCUCUCUCUCUCUCUGAAGACAUCUGAGAAGCCUGUAGCACCUCCGUCUGACUGGGCGCCCUUCCCGGGCCCCCCCAGGAAUGGGGUCCCAGGCACGGACUGUCCUUCGCAGUACCUGGAGACACGGGGCCCAGGCUGGCAACCGUCCACCUGCUUUCCCUGUCAUUCUGCUUUCUAAAAGCGGUUGUUAUACUCUUCGUAACUGUAUAGUUUAAUUUCGUAUCAUUUUGAAUCUCAUAAAGCAUUUGGAUUUAAAAUGAUCAGCUCCAUUUUAGAUAGUCCCCUUCAAUGUUAAUAUAUAGUGAGUCCAAUGUAUGUCCUAGAAGUAAAGUCCUUGGCCUUCCGAGA